AUGAAAAUUUUUAAUAAGCUUAUACAAAGGCCUUAGGCAUCUUAUAAUGUUCUGAGACUGCAAGGUAAUGGGUUUUAUCUAAAAUAUUAGCCAUUGGCUUAUUUUGGAAGGUAGAUUAAGAAGCCUGUUGAAUUAUAAAUUAAAUCAAUCAAGAAUAACAAUGAAAAGAUCAUCUUCACUGAGCCAUCUUAUAAAAUUGAAAAAUAACCUCAUAUUAAUGUUGAUAAGCAAAUUAAAUCAAAUGAUCAAAAUGAAGAUUUCAAUCCUUUACUUGAAUUUAUAAAACUAAAAUAGCAAGCGAUGCCAAAUAUAGAUUCCAAAAUAUUAGAAAAAAGAUAAAUUUCAAAAGAUUAGUAGAUGAAUAUUCCUUAUCAAUCUAAUCUCAAUUAGUCUGAGAAACAAGAGCAGAAUCAACCACCAGGUCAGAAUGAGUAAGAAUAAUAGAUGAAAAAGAAAAAGAUGAAUUUUUAAGAGUUUAAAAAGGAGAAAAAGCUUAAAAAGCAGCAAGAAUAAGCAGCUGAAAUUACUGAAGAAGAGUUAAAGAAUUUGAAGGAGAGAAAAGAUGUUUAAUAUAAUAAACUUCAAUGUACAGGUUGUGGAAUUUAAUUAUAGUAUGAAGAUGACACAAAAUUUGGCUUUAUACCGAAAUAUAAAGUUACUUUACAUUAUAAUAGACUGGAUAGCGACUAUAAAUAUUAAGACAAAUAUGAGGAUUUCAGCAAUGAGCAAUAAAGAAAGCAAAUGCUGAGCAUACUUAGAGAUAGUAACUUAGAUGAGAAAGAAUUAGACUAGUUUAAAGAGAUCAUUGAUCAGAAUGACGGCAAAAGAAAAAAGAAAAGAGUUAUUGAGUCUCCUGAAAUACUAAAUCUUGAGACUUUGAUGGAGUUAGAUGAGCGAAAAGAUCAUCUGGAGAUUAAUGAUAAAAGGAAAAUGAAAGAAAUUGAGAAGCUUUAGCAAACUCCUACGAAUUUAAUAUGCUAGAGAUGCUAUGAUCUGAAACAUCAAAGCAAGUUAAUAAACUAUAAGGGUACUGUCCCUUCAAAUUAUGCAGGGUCUCCAGUGCUACUGGCUGACUUUGUUCAAAACAUGGAUAGAAAAGAGAUUGUUGCAAGACUAACAAAGUAGAUGUACGCAAAAUCUAUCAUAAUUAAGGUGAUUGACAUAACCAAUUUUGAAGGUAGCUAGAUUUAGGAAAUAUAUGAUGAGGUUAACAAAAAGAAGCAUAGAUUAAUCUUAGUUGUCAAUAAAAUUGAUGCGUUACCAAGCGGCUUCACAAUUGAUAGAUUGCACAAGUGGGUAAAAGAUUAAGUUCAUGAUAAGAUAAGUGAGCACAUCAAAUACAACAUAUGUUUAGCAUCAGCUAAAGCAGCCACUGGAAUCAAUAAGGUUAUGAGUAUCAUGGAAACUAUUAAAAAGGAAUUUAGUCCUGAUGCAUAUUUACCCAAAGUGUACGUAGUAGGUUGUACUAAUUCAGGCAAAUCUUCAUUCAUCAAUGCCCUCAUUUACAAAUCUAACAAGUAUAAGGAUCCUAAUAAGAUUCAUUACAAGUAAAAGUAUAAUAUUUUGACUGAGUCUCCUAUGCCAGGAACUACCUUAGAGUUGAUUAGUGCAGAUGAUGUCAGACUUGGGUUCAAAUUUUUUGAUACUCCUGGAAUCCCAAACCUUUAAUAAGCAUCAGCAUUUGUAGAAGACUAUCAGGAUCUGAUCACACUCCUACCUAACAAGCAAUUAAUAUCAUAUCCAGUUAACUUAAAGCAAGGCUACACUGUAUUUUUAGGAGCACUAGCUCGUGUGGAUUUGCUUUCAGGUGAGGAUAAACAAUUUACUUUCUUUGUACCUCCUCAUGUCACUAUUCAUAGAACUCCAAUAUUAAGAGCAGAAGAGGUAUAUAAUAAAUAAGCAGGAUACCUGUUAAGACCAACAUACAAUGCUAAUCCACAAGAUACAGAAUUUUAGAGGCAUGAAUUGGCACUUAACUGCAAUGAUUACAAACUAGCCAAUUUCGACAUCUCUAUUGAAGGACUUGGCUGGUUCAGUGUUCAAGGCAAAGGAUUUUGUAAUAUGAUGCUUCAUCUGCCACAAGGAGUAGCCUAUCAUAUAAGAUAAGAUUCACUAAUGCCAUUUGAAGUUGAUCAUAAGGGCCUAUAGAGAUACACAGGAAAUACAGUCAAUGCUCACACUAGUGUAAACAGAAAAUUAUCACAUAAAUUUAAGAUAAGGUAAAAUCUCUAAUCACAGCAAUCAUAAGACAAUUACCAAUAAGAUAAAUGA